AUGGCUGCCUUUGUCGACGAGGCCAUGAAGGAGUACGGCGGCAAGGAGUGGCAAUAUGACAUGCAGACAGCGCCAUGUUACACCGUCAAGCAUACGACGGACAUUGAGGCCCCUUUGACUGUCGCAGAUCUUCUGAGAUGCUGUCGCCCACCAGCAGGCGUCAAAAGCGCAAACCUGCUUCUAGAUGCGCGUCUCUCCAUAGCAGAUUGUGGAACUCCUGAGAACAUUGCCUCGGCUGUGCAGAACCAACGAGUCGACGAGCUACCUGCCGCUUUACAAUUUGCAGAACCUUUGCCAGAACAAACCAAAGUUGGAUGCAUUGUGGCUGCAGAUGGCCAUGGGCGCCUAGAUGUGAUCAAGAUCAUCUUCUUUGAAUCGAAAAUGCUUGUGAGCCAGGUGAUCAAGAAGAUUUGCGGGUCCCCGUAUCUUACCUUCCAUCGUCAAGGGCCUUGGGCUGUCAGGAAGGCAUUCCAGUCCUUGCUCGAUAGAGUGCCAGGACAUCAUGUGCAGUGGGCCAAAGUGUGCCGGAAAGUGACAGUCUCUACCAAAUCUAUCGCAACGGCCCCUAUAUGGGCUCCUGAUGAUACAGAGUUGCUGCAAGGUAUCUCUUUCAUCAACGAGAAUGCCCCGGAGUCCGAUGCCCAUAACGAACAGUACGCCUGGAUCUUGAUGAACAUCAAAGAAGACUCAGACAGGCCCAUUGCAGGCUGGCCGGAAGGCAAAGUGAGAAUCAUGGCACAGAACAAGACGAGGGCAGCGGGAAUUCCCAUUGACUACCUUCUCUCUAAAGCCCAUGCUGUCCGAUACAAUCUUGCCAGCGCUGAGGAGCAAGCUACAUCUGGUCGCUACAAUGACUCCAAGUUGCCUCGCAAUUGCAUGCGUACCUAUGCGUCCAAUGGUCUGGGUCAAGAGGAUGAGCCUGCGGAUGACAACCACUUGCUGAUGUACUGGCCUGCUUUUGUCAUCGUCCUGGGCCAGCAUGCCAUGUACCUUCGUCUGCCCAGCCAAGAUUCUAGAGCCACAGUGCAUCGCAUCAAGGUGGAUGACCUUCAUAAGGAUCUCUUGUCUGAGAAAGACAAGCCUUUAUACUCCAAGUACAAGUUAGGCAUCAUGGAGCAUGGGCCCGAAUGGCAGGAUGAGACAGCGCGUGAAGUGCGUAUGAUUUCAGCUGGCAUGGAGAAGUUUGCGCCCGGCAGGGCAGAAGCCUACAUUGCAGCUGUGAAUGGAGAAAUCGAAGAACAGCUCAUAGCUCGUCUACCUCCACUUCGCCUUCCCAACAAGGAAGUUGACUCGUCAUCAGACCAGGAAGACGUUUUACCAAGUCCUCCUGUCAUGGUGCCUAACCUGGGUCGAUUCAAGCUGCCCCCAGCCAAACGGUACAGAGGCAAAACCACUCAGAGGGGAGAGCCAUCCAAUGAGCCACCCAAUCCGGUUCCUGAGCCCGAGAGAGAAGAGCCACCCAAUCCGGUUCCGGAGCCCUGGAAGGGCAAGCGCAAAGUGCUCAAAGCAGCGCUCGAAGAACUCAUCGACAACAUGCCGCAUGAAGAUGAGGUGGAAGAAAAUCCAUUCCAGCAUAGUCCGUUCCGAUGA